AUGUCUGAUAAAAAAGAAAACACUUCGACUCAAGAUGAUCCUGAAGGUUGUUUCAAGAUCGAUCCUGAACAUCAAUAUCCUGAUCGAAUCAUCAGUCGAUUACGAUUAGUAGAUGGAUUUGGAAAACCGAUUGUUAAUCCGAAAUUAUUAUUCAGAGAUUGUGAAGUAGUUGGAUUCUUCUUUGCAACACUUUGGAAUCCACAUAAACAAGAAUUUCAUAAUCAUGUUUUAGAUUUUACUCAAAAACAUCCUCAUCGAUUUAAAUGUGUUUAUGUUAGUAUUGAUUCAAAAAAAUCAGAUUUCGAUCUAGCUACCAAAGAUAAAGCUUGGGUUCAUAUGGCUUGGAAUGAUGGUAGCAAUCUUGAUGAUCAAGUAGAAGAAAGCGAUGAAAGUUUUUCCGAAUUCGUUUCACCAUACGAUACAAAAUUACUCAAUGAAAUCUUUUCAAAUCUUGGAGCUGAUACAACUGAUCCACCUAAUACUUUCUUAUCAGAUUCAAGACCGAUUUCAAGAGUUAGUUUAGUCCAACAAAUGAAUAUAUUAUCUACACCUACUUUAUCUAUUUAUCAUUCAAAGAAACAUACUUGGUUAGAUCAAAACGUUAGACAUUCUUUAUUUGAAUCACCUGAACAAAGAACUAAAGCAUGGGAAAGUUGGGAGAAAGGUGAAUCGAUUGGAUUAACUUGGUCUGUUUUAAUUAAAUUAGAUGAUUCAUUUAAUCUUGUAAACUUAACUGAGAAUUUAAUGGGUUUAGGUAAACCUUCAAAUUUAAAUCCAUCACCUAUUGAAUCAAGACCUAAAUCUAAUCAUCUUUAUUCAGAAUUUUAA